UUGUCAACUAUUUUGCAGGUCCCGAAGAUAUACUGAAAUUUCUGGGCAACGAGAGCGUCGUGGAUCACUUCAAGCUCGUCACCAAGGACGGCAACAGCCUGCUCAUCGGUGCCAGAAAUACCGUAUUUAAUUUAAGCAUACAUGAUCUCACGGAACAGCAAAGUCUCGUGUGGUCGUCGCCGGAGGAAGAUACCAAAAUGUGUCUGAUGAAGGGCAAAGAUGAGGAGGCCUGCCAGAACUACAUACGAAUCAUGGUGGUGCCCUCGCCAGGUCGCCUGUUCGUCUGCGGCACCAACUCGUUUCGGCCCAUGUGCAACACGUACGUGAUCAACGAGAGCAACUAUACGCUGGAGGCGACCAAGAACGGUCAGGCGGUGUGCCCCUACGAUCCGCGUCACAACUCCACCUCCGUGCUGGCGGACAACGAAUUAUACUCUGGCACUGUGGCAGAUUUCAGCGGCAGUGAUCCGAUUAUCUAUCGUGAGCCUCUCCAAACGGAACAAUACGAUAGCCUCAGUCUCAAUGCGCCAAAUUUUGUGAGCUCAUUUACCCAGGGGGAUUUUGUCUACUUCUUCUUCCGGGAAACGGCUGUGGAAUUCAUCAACUGUGGCAAGGCGAUUUAUUCGCGCGUCGCACGCGUCUGCAAAUGGGAUAAGGGCGGCCCGCAUCGCUUUCGCAAUCGCUGGACCUCGUUCCUCAAGUCCCGCCUGAACUGCUCCAUACCGGGCGACUAUCCGUUCUACUUUAAUGAGAUACAAUCGGCUAGCAAUCUCGUCGAGGGACAGUACGGCUCCAUGAGCUCCAAAUUGAUUUAUGGCGUUUUUAAUACGCCAACAAAUUCAAUUCCCGGCUCAGCGGUUUGUGCUUUCGCCUUGCAGGACAUUGCCGACACGUUCGAGGGACAGUUCAAGGAGCAGAGCGGCAUCAACUCCAACUGGCUGCCAGUAAAUAAUGCCAAGGUGCCCGAACCGCGUCCUGGCGCCUGUCACAAUGAUUCACGAACGCUUCCGGAUCCCACAUUAAAUUUCAUCAAAACACAUUCGCUAAUGGACGAGAAUGUUCCGGCAUUUUUCGGUCAACCGAUUUUAGUGCGGACGAGCACAAUUUAUCGCUUCACACAAAUCGCAGUUGACGCACAGAUCAAAACGCCCGGCGGCAAGACGUAUGAUGUGAUUUUCGUUGGCACAGACCAUGGAAAGAUUAUAAAGUCCGUGAAUGCCGAAUCAGCUGACUCGGCCGAAAAGGUGACAUCGGUGGUCAUUGAGGAGAUCGAUGUGCUGCCCAAGAGUGAGCCCAUACGCAAUUUGGAAAUUGUGCGAACUAUGCAAUACGAUCAACCGAAAGAUGGCAGCUACGACGAUGGUAAAUUAAUCAUUGUCACCGAUAGUCAGGUGAUAGCCAUACAACUGCAUCGAUGUCACAAUGACAAAAUCACCAGCUGCAGUGAAUGCGUCGCAUUGCAGGAUCCGUAUUGUGCCUGGGACAAAAUUGCUGGCAAGUGUCGCUCCCAUGGUGCGCCGCGUUGGCUGGAGGAGAACUAUUUCUAUCAGAAUGUGGCGACCGGUCAGCAUGCAGCCUGUCCCUCAGGCAAAAUCAAUUCAAAGGAUGCUAACGUGGGUGAGCAGAAGGGCUUCCGCAAUGACAUGGAUUUACUGGAUUCGCGUCGUCAGAGCAAGGAUCAGGAAAUCAUAGACAAUAUUGAUAAGAACUUUGAAGAUAUUAUCAAUGCGCAGUACACGGUCGAGACUCUGGUCAUGGCCGUGUUGGCCGGCUCGAUAUUCUCGCUGCUGGUUGGCUUCUUUACGGGCUACUUCUGUGGCCGUCGCUGCCACAAGGAUGAGGAUGACAAUCUGCCGUAUCCGGAUACGGAAUACGAAUACUUCGAGCAACGUCAAAAUGUGAACAGUUUCCCGUCGUCGUGCCGCAUACAGCAGGAGCCGAAGCUGCUGCCACAGGUGGAGGAGGUGACGUAUGCGGAGCCGGUGCUACUACCGCAGCCACCACCGCAGAACAAGAUGCACUCGCCAAAGAAUACGCUGCGCAAGCCACCCAUGCACCAGAUGCACCAGGGCCCCAACUCGGAGACGCUCUUCCAGUUCCAACCAGACGGCUAUAACACCCAGCAAUCAUAUCGCGGACGAGACAACUUUGGCACACUGCGUUCGCAUCAGGUGAUGGGCGACAACUAUAGACGCGGCGAUGGCUUUUCGACCACGCGCAGCGUCAAGAAGGCUGUAAACAACACAAACACACGAAACAGAAGUCUUGGUCGCCCAAGAAGACAGCCGCCCCGUCAUGGUAUUGUAACUCAGCACCGUUCAAAUAGCCCGCAGCAGCAGCAGCAACAACAACAGCAGCCGCACUCCAGCUCCGGCUCAUCGCCCGUAAUGUCGAACAGCAGUUCCAGUCCAGCUCCGCCAUCGAGCAGUCCCAGUCCGCAGGAGAGCCCCAAGAACUGCAGCUACAUUUACCGUGAUUGAUUGAUAUGUAACACCAAAUCGAUGCCACUCAUCCAGGCGUUGCCCACGC